AUGAGAAAGAAGAGAGCACUUGCUUGCUCUCAGAAUCGUCGGAGGAGGGAGAGAAAGGGAGAGAGAAAAAGCAAAUCACAGAAAAGGAAAGCGAGAAUGAAACCUCAACACAAAAAAGAGAAGAAUGGGAAGCAACACAAGCGAAGCAAAUUCGAAGAGGAGAGAGCAGGAAGAGGAGCAAACUCUCCUGGUUUCGCCACGUGGCGGAGCUGGAGUGGUCGAACGCUUUGGAGGGUUCAACGAGAACAUCAACAACAACAUCCCACGCCUUCUCUCUCUCUCUCUCCUGCCAUGUCAGAGUGUAACCCCGUCCCAUGGGGACUAUGACCCCGGCGAUUCCGUAUUUGUAGUAUGCUUUCUCUCUCUAAACAAACACUCUUUCUCUAUCUACAAAGCCAACAUCAACAACUAUCUUUUUAUCUCUCUCUCUCUCUCUCUCUUUAUUUUUUCUUUUGGCUGCCCCUUCUCGUUCCUCGCUCGCUUCUAUGCCCUAAUCUCCCACCUCUCUCCCCCACGCCUACUAUCUACUUCUCAUCUCCUUAUCUGAUGCAAUCUAUUUGAUUCAUGCUUUUUGAUCCACCUGCAAGAUUGGUAUGCUGGACCUUUAUAUGAGUAAUGAAGGAGAACAAAUCGUCAAGUAGAAUGAUCAACAGGAACUGGGUUUUAAAACGCAAGCGGAGAAAACUUUCAAUUGAACAUUCCAAUGGUAAAGUAGACAAUUCAAUAGUGCCUGAUUCUUCUAGGAACGCCUCAACAAAACGAUCGCUAAAGACUGAAGUACCUACCGGUCAAUUUUCCUCUAAGAAGAAAGGAAAUGAUGGGUAUUUCUAUGAAUGUGUAAUUUGUGAUCUUGGUGGAAACUUAUUGUGCUGUGAUAGCUGUCCUCGCACUUAUCAUUUACAGUGCCUUUCUCCACCUCUUAAGCGCAUCCCUAUGGGAAAGUGGCAAUGCCCAAGCUGCUCUCAAGGAAAUGAUCGACUGAAACCGAUAAACCAUUUGGAUUCAAUUGCAAAACGAGCCAGGUCAAAAGUUGUCACUGCAAAAGCAAAAGAUGGAGUUAGUUCACUUAAUAUGGGCAAAGUAUCCCAGAUUUUUGGUAGCACACUAAUAUCAAAGAAAAGGUCUUCCAGCAAAGGAAAAUCUAUUUCAACUGGGGGAGACAAAUUCUUAAGAAAGGAAUUGUUUUCUUCCCCUUUAGAUGUAACAAGUAGUAACAAGCUAAGUGAUCCGUCUCUUGGGAUUUCGAUCGAGGGAACUUCAUCAUGUGCAGAUGCUGAUGAAGACAAGAAAUCUAACAUGCCCCCAACAGUCUCUCCUGUUGAUAGGAAGUCAACCUCAACAGCUGAUGAAGUUUUGUCAACUCCUAAAAGUACUAAUUUAGAUGCAGAUGAUGAACAGGUGGAUGGGAAGCCUGAUUUAUCUUGUGAUGACGUGCCUUCAAGAAAACAACUUGUUCUUGCAAUUGCUGCUGUUGGAGGGGAAGUUAGAAAGAGGAAGCAUGAGGCUAAUAAUAAUAUCAGUAAAAAGAACUUGAAGACUGAAAAGGGUAAAUCUACUGUCAAGACUUCCAUGAAGUGCAAAUCUGGAAAUAAUAAAGUGCACAAGAAGCAGAAGUCUGUGAACAAUAGUGUUUCUGCAUCUUUAUCAAGAGAGGAAGUUGGAAAUAAGGAUUCUGAUGUUGAGCCAAAAGAUGAGAUGCAGGAGAUUCCUCAGGCAAAUAAAAACAAAGCAUGUGAGUUUGAUAAGGCAGCUAGUCAUGUGGAUGAAACUUUAACGCAUGAGGACAAUACUGUAGGUGAAUCUCUGCAGGUUGACCGGGUUCUAGGCUGUCGAGUUCAGGAUAAGAACACAAAACCAUCACAAAUUUUAUCUGUGACUGUCCUGGAUGAUCUACCCUCUCAUGAUCUGCCAAUCCCUGAAAAUGGAGACGCUCGAGAUCUCCCUAUCCCAGAAAGUGGAGACACUCGGGAUCUGCCAAUCCCAGAAAAUGAAAACAGACUAGUAGAGAAUAGUUCUGCUUGUGGUAAUGAUAUGAAUGUUGAAACUGCUGCAAAUAUCCCAGAUGAUUGUCCAAAUGUUGUCAAGAUUGCUGAUAAAGAAAGCUUGAAAAACAAUAAUAAAGUGGAAAGACUUAAUGUAUACAGAAGAUCAAUGACAAAAGACAGUAAAAAAGGCAAUCCCAUAAAUUCAUUGAGUAAAACUCCAGGUGAUUUAGAUUCCAGUGCGACAGAUAAUAAAAAACAUGAUGAUUCUGCUGCAAGUGCUGAGCAUUUGGCAAAAACAAAUGACAAGAUGGAGAUUGUGGAGGAUGUAAAUGUUACUUUAAGAAGCGAGGACAAUAGUGAGCUUCUGAAAAAUUGUGAAGCACAGGUCUCUCCCAAAACCAAAUCAAAAGAGGUGGAUGCAGAUAAGGGGAUGAGCAGUGCUGUUGCUAACAAAGUUCAGGAAGCUAACGUGGCUGAACCUUCAUGUCUAAACCAGGAGAAAGUCUUCUAUGAAUUUUUGGUUAAGUGGGUAGGAAAGUCACAUAUUCAUAAUAGUUGGAUUUCUGAAUCCCAUUUGAAAAUUCUUGCAAAGAGAAAAUUAGAAAAUUACAAGGCCAAGUAUGGGACAGCUAUAAUAAAUAUCUGUGAGGAACGUUGGAAGCAGCCUCAACGGCUGCUUGCUAUCCGUACAUCAAAAAAUGGAACGUCAGAAGCAUUUGUAAAAUGGACUGGACUCCCUUAUGAUGAAUGCACUUGGGAAAGUUUAGAUGAGCCUGUUCUCCAGGCUUCUUCACAUCUACUCGAUCUUUUUAACAAAUUUGAAACCCUUACCCUGGAAAGGGAUGCAUUGAAGGAUAAUUCAACUAGGAAAAACAAUGACCAUCAAAAUGAUGUAGUUAAUCUUCCAGAACAACCUCAUGAGCUAAAAGGUGGUUCUCUGUUUCCCCAUCAGCUUGAGGCUUUGAACUGGUUGAGAAAAUGCUGGUGUAGAUCCAAAAAUGUGAUACUUGCUGAUGAAAUGGGGCUCGGAAAAACAGUAUCUGCUUGUGCCUUCAUGUCAUCAUUGUAUUUUGAAUUCAAAGUUGUACUGCCUUGCUUGGUAUUGGUCCCACUUUCCACAAUGCCUAAUUGGCUUGCUGAAUUUGCAUUAUGGGCUCCAGACUUGAAUGUUGUGGAAUAUCAUGGCUGUGCAAAAGCAAGAGCCAUAAUUCGCCAGUAUGAAUGGCAUGCUAGUGAUCCCAGUGGAUUUAAUAAAAGAACUGCUUCCUAUAAAUUUAAUGUUCUUUUGACUACAUAUGAAAUGGUGCUUGCUGACUCUUCUCAUUUACGUGGAGUUCCCUGGGAAGUUCUUGUGGUCGAUGAGGGACAUCGACUGAAGAAUUCUGAAAGUAAGCUUUUCAGCUUGCUCAAUACAUUCUCUUUUCAACAUCGUGUACUUUUGACUGGUACCCCUCUUCAGAACAACAUUGGUGAGAUGUACAACUUACUCAAUUUUUUACAACCAGCUUCAUUUCCUUCUCUGUCUACAUUUGAGGAGAAAUUCAAUGAUCUUACAACUGCUGAGAAAGUUGACGAAUUGAAAAAACUGGUUGCCCCUCAUAUGCUCCGUAGGCUUAAAAGGGAUGCCAUGCAAAAUAUUCCACCCAAGACAGAGAGAAUGGUUCCUGUUGAGUUGUCAUCUAUCCAAGCCGAAUAUUACCGUGCCAUGCUUACAAAGAAUUAUCAGAUAUUGCGUAAUAUCGGGAAAGGGGUUGCACAGCAAUCUAUGCUUAACAUUGUGAUGCAACUUAGAAAAGUCUGCAAUCAUCCAUAUCUCAUACCAGGAACUGAGCCUGAUUCUGGAUCAGCUGAGUUUCUUCAUGAAAUGAGAAUAAAGGCUUCGGCCAAAUUGACUCUUCUGCAUUCUAUGCUGAAGAUUUUGCAUAAAGAAGGACACAGAGUCCUUAUUUUCUCACAAAUGACCAAGCUGCUUGACAUCCUAGAGGACUACUUAAGUAUUGAGUAUGGGCCUAAAACUUACGAGAGAGUGGAUGGCUCUGUUUCUGUGGCUGAUCGUCAAGCAGCAAUUGCACGCUUUAACCAAGACAAAAGUCGAUUUGUGUUCUUGUUAUCCACACGAUCCUGUGGUCUUGGGAUAAAUUUGGCAACAGCUGACACUGUCAUUAUCUAUGAUUCUGAUUUCAAUCCACAUGCUGAUAUCCAAGCAAUGAAUCGAGCGCAUAGGAUUGGACAGUCAAAUAGACUUUUAGUAUAUCGGCUUGUCGUUCGUGCCAGUGUUGAAGAGCGCAUCUUGCAGCUUGCUAAGAAGAAACUGAUGCUUGAUCAGCUUUUUGUAAAUAAGUCUGGAUCUCAAAAGGAAGUAGAGGAUAUUUUGAAAUGGGGUACUGAAGAACUCUUCAGUGAUUCUCCUGGUCAGAAUGGGAUGAAUGGAAGUGAAAAUAAUGGCAACAAAGAAGAGACAGUUGUGGAUGUUGAACAUAAGCAUCGAAAGAGGACUGGUGGUUUGGGAGAUGUAUAUAAGGACAAGUGUACAGAUGGUAGCAGCAAAUUUGUGUGGGAUGAAAGUGCAGUUUUAAAAUUGCUUGAUCGUUCAAACCUUCAAGAUGGCUCAAAUGAUGUUGCUGAAGGAGAUUCUGAGAAUGAUUUGCUGGGUUCAGUUAAGUCCCUUGAAUGGAAUGAUGAACCAGCUGAAGAACAGGGUUUAGGUGAAUCACCUCCUUGCGGAACUGAUGAUGUCUCUACACAAAAUUCUGAAAGGAAAGAGGAUAAUAUGGUGAAUGGUACUGAAGAAAAUGAAUGGGACAGACUACUUCGGGUGAGGUGGGAGAAGUAUCAGAAUGAGGAGGAAGCAGCUCUUGGUCGAGGAAAGCGGCAGAGAAAAGCAGUUUCUUAUAGGGAAGCAUAUGCUCCCAACCCAAGUGAAACAUUGAGCGAGAGUGGGGAUGAGCAGGAAAAAGAACCAGAACCAGAGCCUGAGCGUGAAUAUACACCCGCAGGGCGGGCUCUAAAAGCAAAAUUUGCUAAGCUCCGUGCUCGGCAGAAAGAACGACUCGCCCAGAGGAAUGCAGUUGGUGUAUCUCAACCUGUUGAGGGACUCCCUGGAGCUGAGUCACUCCUUCAGUCUUCUGCCAAUGCAAAGAGUGCUGAUCUUGAAAAUGGACCAAUAAAUUUAGUUGGAGAUGGUCCUAUCAAUUUAGAGGAGAACAAAUCUGACAUGCUUUCAGAUGCUCAGAAGAGCCACAAUGAUUCCAUUGCAAGAAUGGGCAGGCUAUCAAAACACAUAAUGGGUAGUCACAUUGAUGUUUCAGUCAAUAAUCUAGACCAUUCUCCACCCUAUUAUAAGGGGAUAAACGCCACAAACUCUAUGCCCACCAGCAAUUUGUUACCUGUUCUAGGACUUUGUGCUCCAAAUGCCAACCUGGUGAAAACAUCAGAAAGCAAUCCUCCAAAGUUAAAUUGGAGACAAAAUAGACGGGGAGCCAGACAGGAGUUUCCAUUUAGUCUUGCCCCUUCCUCUGGGACAACAUCCAUGGAGGCUGAGGUCAGAAGUCAGGAAGGAGCAGCAAAUGCUAGACUACCAGAUUCACUGGCACAUAUUUUGCAAGAGAGUUUCAAGAAUAGAAUCCCUGAUCAUAACCUCCCAUUUCUUCCUUUUCAUCUAGCUUUGCAAGGAAAGGAAUCUGAUGCACUUGAAGGGGCUAGAUUCUCUGCUUUCCGGGAGAAGAUGGGCCUGCCAAACCUGCCAUUUGAUGAAACAUUGCUGGCCAGAUUUCCACCCGCAACUAAGAACAUGCCAAAUUCGCAUCUGGAUCUUUUACCUAAUUUGUCACUAGGCAGCAGCAGCAGCAGAAAUGAAGCUUUGAGUGGCCCAUUACAAGACCUUCAAACAAUGCCGUUAUUACCUAAAUUCAAAAUUCCCCCAGAAGAUUUGUUCAGAUUUAAUCAGCAAGAUGGGGAUGUGCCCCCCACGUUGGGUUUAGGCCAGGGCACAAUAUCCACAUCAUUCCCAGAAAAUCAUAGGAAGGUGCUUGAAAACAUAAUGUUGAGAACUGGGUCUGCGUCAAGCAGCUUGUAUAAAAAGAAGUCAAAAUUAGAUGGGUGGUCUGAAGAUGAACUUGAUUGCCUCUGGAUUGGUGUUCGUAGACAUGGAAGAGGUAAUUGGGAUGUUAUGCUUAGAGAUCCCAAGUUGAAGUUUUCAAAGUAUAAAACAUCUGAAGAUUUGGCGAUGAGGUGGGAAGAGGAACAACUCAAGGUCUUUCAGGGGCCAGCUUUUCCUGUGUCAAAACUGGCCAAGAUGUCGAAGUCUACUAAAUCCGCCCUUUUUCCUAUCUCUGAUGGAAUGAUGGAAAGGGCCCUGCAGGGGAGCCGAUUUAUCUUGCCACCAAAAUUUCAAAACCAUUUGACUGACAUGAAACUAGGAGUGGGUGAUCCUUCAUCGAGUAUGUCGCAUUUUAGGACACCAGAUCGACCUCAUUUUCAAAAUGAUCAUUUUGCCCCUCUUCCUUCUUUUAGUCAUGAUAUAAACAGAGCAAAAUUUCCUGGAGAUGCUUCUGCUGAGCAAUCUGAUAGACCAGGGACUUCUUCCUAUGUACCUGCUGAAAGGCCAUUUUUACUAGAUUCUUAUGGAACCAGUUGCUUGGGUUCUCUUGGUUUGAAUGGCCCAGGAAGCUUUAAUAGGCAACAAAAAGAGGAUCAACAAGGCGCCAGUAAGUUUGAAAAAUCACCUGGACUUCUUGAUGGGUCUUUUAAUGAUAUGCGUGAUACUCGAAAUAAUGCAGGAAAUGGUGAAUCUACCAGCUCUGUAUUUCCAUCUAACCCUGUUAAAGGAGCUGAACCUUUCACUUCAAAAGGUGAGGAAGGAGUAGGGAGUAGUACUUCAAAAGACAAGCUUCCCCACUGGUUACGAGAAGCAGUAAGCUCCCCUGCUAAACGCUCUGAUCCAGAACUGCCACCCACUGUUUCAGCAGUUGCUCAAUCAGUUCGCUUGGUUUAUGGAGAAAAUAAGCCUACAAUACCUCCAUUUGUGAUUCCUAGCCCACCUCCUUCCCGUCCAGAUGACCCCAGAUGUAGUUUGAGAAGGCGGAAGGUUAAAAGAACUCAUAAGUUCAGUCAGGUCCUACCAGAAGUUGCUGGGAGCAAUAAUGACCUCAGAUCCUGCCGGAAGAGGCAUGGAAAAUUUAGAAGAUCUAAGUUCCACCGGAGGGGCCUGCUAGAUGUUGCCGGAAGCAGCAAUGAUAUCCUCAGUGACCUCAACAUCGAUGACAACGGUGCUUCCUGCUCAACUUCUUUGAUCCCUCCUUUACCCCUCCUUCCUCAGACAGGACUUCAGCAGAUUGAAUCUGGCCUCAAUUCAUUAAACCUGUCACACUCAUCAGCAAACCAACUUAAAAGGACGAGCAGUUCAGGACUGUCUCCUUCUCCUGAAGUGCUCCAGCUGGUGGCAUCCUCUGUUGCUCCUGGUCCAAAUGUUCCAUCCAUUUCUGGCUCUUCAAGAUUUCCUGAGGGCAAACUCCCAUUGCCUAGGCCUAUUAAGCCGGCGAAAUUCAAAGCCACCGAAGGUGCCUUUGGAAAUAAGAUUUUGCCUAGGCAGACUUCACCAAAAAAUUUGGGUUCGCAUGAGGAGCAACAUAAUGUAGAACACCCUGACAGUGGAGAUUCCAGCAAGACUCAGUCAGAUCCCUCUAGGACUGAACGGCCUGAUGAAGUGGAGGUAUCAUCUGAGGGGACUGUAUCCGAUCACGCUUUAAGAGAUAAGGAAACAUAGCUUAGUGUCUCAGAUAAAAAAAUUGGGCUAUAUAAUUUCAUGGUUCUAAAGGUGGCCUCUUCAACCUUUGCGCUGGAAUUUUUGUAGGGUAUUAUGACAAUGAGUGAACUAGAAAAUACGGGGUGGUUGAAAACGUGUAAAGUUUUCAUCAAGUAAAAUGAAAUAUAGCGUUGUCUGUUCGUUAUUUUA